CGUGGUGCGCCGUGCGCGCUGCGGCACCGUCUCGCCCGCGGCAUUGGCAGGGCGCCCCAGCGCCAGCAGGGAGAGGCGGAGAGCUCAACUCCCGAAGCCCGGCCACCAGCCACCCCGGCGGGGAGAGGCCGCGGCCACGCAGGACGCACAGCGCCCACACGUGGUGCGCCAGUGCGUGCACCGUGCGUGGCUGGGCGCCGCACGGUGCAAAAGAACGCCUAGGGCUUGGUAAACAACGCUCGUGCACCAGUACGGGCGCGCGCAGAUGUUUUAUUACUUGUAUAGUUGUAUAUGUGUAUAUAUAAUAAGUGGUGUAAGAGAUCUCGCGGGCUUGAGCUUUGACCGCCGGAUCGGUCUCGAGCUGACUACCAGCAAAAAAGGGCAUCGCCGCUUGCGUAUAAAACGUCCACAGAGAUACAUCUUCACCUCCUCUCCUCGUUUUCCUUGCGGCUAAGCUUGAUUUUUUGGAGUGGUUUUGUCCAUACAGAAACACUCACCGUGUAGCAUCAGUAACAGCUCGCCAUGGGUUGCAGAAGGGCCUCUUCGGCCACUCUUCUCAUGGUCGCCUUGGCCGUCGUCGUCUUGCUCGCACUUGACCCUCCCACUGUUGCUCAUGCUCGCCACGUGACGAGCACGUCCAUGUCGACCGGCGAGCAUUUGUCUAGAAAGAAGGAAGGAUUAUUGCAAGGGACGAGGAACCAUGGUGCGGAUCACAGCAAGAACACUGGUGAAACCGUGCGGGUGGAGAAGGGGUUAACGGGAGAAGCUGCGGCCGGCGCGGCCGGAGCAAGCCUCGGCCGCCGCGGAGGAAAUGCUAGUCCUGCUGCGUCUGCCGAGAAGGUUGUGGUUGCGCGCUACGGGCCCAGGCCUCACCCUAAGAAACACAACUAAAUUCAGGUCUAGGUAUCCGUUUGCUGUACCUAUUUCUUCUUGUAGCCUAGUAUUUUCUC